GAACAAAUGGCUAUAAAUGACCUGAAAAAUAAUCAUGCUAUCACCAUCAAACCAGCAGACAAGGGAGGAGCAGUAGUGAUAAUGAACACCAAGGGCUACAUAAAAGAGGGUGACAGGCAAUUGUCAGAUGACAAAUACUAUAGAAAACUAAAUGAAGACCCCACCAAGGAAUAUACAUCACAACUUAGGGAGCUCAUUAAAUCCUUCCCUGAGAACUUACACCUAGAACUGCAAUCACUCAUACCAACUAGUCCCUGCAUGGGCACUUUCUAUAUGCUUCCCAAAAUUCACAAAGCCAGGUAA